CUGCAGUUACCAAUUUGUUCAAGUUCAAGUUCAAUUUCUCUAAUGCUGCUUAUCACACUGCAGCUUACUUCUUCCAGCGUGUAUCUUUACGGGCGAAGACUUUGUGCCCAUUGACUCAAUAGUUUAUCUUAUAUUAAAACCAAGUUUUUGACUAGCUAACAUUCGGUUACUGCAUAUGUAACCCAUAUGAACCAGGUGCUGAAUCAGUCUCAUUAAGCAAACUAGAACUAAAGCUUGUCAACCAGGAUUACUUUUAAGGUUUAUCAGAUGAUGUAAUAAAAAAUGUUCCUGGCCAGAGAGGCCACCAGCUCUGAAGAUGAAGAAAACACAAAGCCCUUUGAUCAUUCGCCCUGGUCAUAUCAGAAAACUCAAAAGCGAUUCUGGUGCCCGGACAACAGGAAACAACGCUGGAACAAACCGUCAGAAGUCCAAUAGUCAUGCCUUGAAAUACCUCUUAACUGCUGCAAAAAGGGCAGUUGAUGUUUUUGCAGCGAUUUUCUUUCAACAGAAGAAGGCUGAUUCCAAGUCCAUUAGAGAUUCAGUUCCUUCCAACACAAUGCACUAUCAAGCUGCAGAAAGUUAUUCAUUCAAUACUUCUGCUGCUCGUGGCAUUAGGAAGUCAUUGAUAUCGAGGUUUUCUACUUAUGACGGAUCUCCAGAAAUUGACACUGCAGUAUCCCAAAUUACUUUAUCAUUUGAAGAAAUCCGCAAGGCAACAGGAAAUUUCUCUCCAGCAAAUGAGAUUGGUGAAGGAGGUUUCGGAACUGUAUACAAAGGGAGACUUAAGAACGGGACCUUUGUUGCAGUAAAGCGUGCAAAAAAGGAACCUUAUGAUCAACGCCUAUCAGCAGAGUUCAAGAAUGAAAUACUUGCCUUAUCAAAGAUUGAGCACCUGAGUUUGGUAAGAUUUUAUGGGUAUCUUGAGCACAGAGACGAGAGGCUUAUUGUCGUUGAAUAUGUCAGCAACGGGACCCUUCGUGAACAUUUGGACGGGACACGUGGAAGUGGGCUUGAAACUGGAGAGCGUUUGGACAUUGCAAUCGAUAUAGCUCAUGCCAUUACCUAUCUUCACACGUAUACUGAUCCUCCAAUUAUUCAUAGAGACAUCAAAGCAUCAAACAUGCUCAUCACAGAAAAACUCCGAGCCAAAGUGGCUGAUUUUGGAUUUGCACAUUUAGCAGCAGAGGAUCCCAGUGCCACUCAUAUUUCUACACAAAUUAAAGGAACUGCUGGCUACUUGGACCCUGAAUACCUGAGGAUGUACCAACUUACUGAAAAGAGUGACGUCUACUCCUUUGGUGUAUUGCUCGUGGAAAUGGUGACAGGAAGACAUCCUAUUGAGUCCAAGAGAAGUGCAGUUGAGAGAGUUACAAUACAAUGGGCACUGAGGAAGCUAAAAGAUGGAGAAGUCGUCGUGGCAAUGGAUCCAAGAUUAAAAAGAAGCUUAGCCUCAAUCCAGGCAGUUGAAAGGGUCCUCAAACUCGCUUGCCAAUGUCUUUCGCCAUCAAGACUAUCAAGACCUUCUAUGAGAAGAUGUGCAGAAAUCUUAUGGGAGAUUCGGAGAGUUUACAGAGAAAAUAGGACCACAAGUGCUUCCACUUCUUUUCACUCUGCCAAUGUUGUUGAAAGGUAUGGAAGUAGCAGCAGACAGAAUGCGUUUGGGCUUGAAGAAAGUGAGAGCUUGAUGUUUGUUUCUGCAUGAGCAUGGACUCACAUAUAUCUACUCGCUUCCAACAAUCAUGCUACAGUUUCUAUCAUAACAGAUUGUAUCUAUCAUAUUUGUGUGAUUGUGAGACUUUGCCUUGUUUGGUUGUGUUUUCAAUUUCAGUUUCAAAUUUUAAAACAAUGAUAAAAGUAAGAACAUAUUUAGUAUAUACAAUAUGUAUAUAUGAAUGCACCUUUUAAUAUUCAUUUUUAAUACCCAUUAUGUUAUACUCUUUUGUAUUCCCU